AUGUUUAGGAAUUUCAGGUACAUACGGCGGAGCCCGAGCGUUUUCAAGCGGUCGAUAUAUAUUACGGCAGAUUUGUCAGCCGCCCUAAAGGACAGUCCCAGUCACAAUGUCAUAGUCAUCGGAGCCGGGCAUGCAGGAAUAGAAGCCGCUUCUGGAUCUGCAAGGACCGGUGUGAAGACUACCUUGGUGACACCUGAUCUCACGAAAAUUGGUACCUGUUCAUGCAACCCAUCUAUGGGAGGUAUUGGCAAGGGUACCUUGUUGAAAGAGGUGGACGCUUUGGAUGGAGUGUCAGGUAGGAUUACUGACCAGGCCGGGAUCCAAUUCAAGGUGCUGAACUCGUCAAAAGGACCUGCGGUGUGGGGCCAUAGAGCUCAGAUAGACAGAGAGUUGUAUCUGAACGCUAUGCAAAAAGAGAUUUUCGACUACCCAAAUUUAAACGUGCUGAAGGGGAAAGUUGAAGAUCUGAUCAUAGAACCAUCCAAUUCAGAAGACUUCGAUGGGAGGAAGUACGGUAGAGUUUGCGGCGUCAUUCUUGAUGACGGCAACGUUCUCAAGGCUGAAAAGGUGGUUAUCACGACUGGGACAUUUCUGGGAGGUGAAAUCCACAUAGGACUGACCGCAUAUCCUGCUGGAAGGAUAGGUGAAGACGCAACUUUCGGACUCAGCAAAACUCUAGCCGAUGCUGGAUUCAGGCUGGGCAGAUUGAAAACAGGAACACCUCCCAGAAUCAGUUCUAAGAGCAUAGAUUACACGAAUCUUUCCCCUCAGAAGGGUGACGAUCCCCCACACCCAAUGUCGUUCAUGAACGAUGAUGUCACUAUUAAAGACCAAGUGCUGUGCCAUUUAACAAGAACGACGAAGGAGAUGCGUGAUUUGAUUCUUGCCAAUCUCGAUAAGUCCAUUCACAUAAGAGAAACGGUAAAGGGACCCCGUUACUGUCCGUCAAUUGAGUCCAAGAUGAUCCGUUUCCAUGAUAAGGAAGAACAUCAAGUGUGGCUCGAGCCAGAGGGACUUGAUACUGAUAUCGUUUAUCCAAAUGGCAUUUCGUGUACUAUGCCAGCAGACAUCCAGCUGCAGAUGCUCAAGCUGAUUCGUGGGCUGGAGAAUGUGGAGAUGCUGCAGCCAGGCUACGGUGUUGAGUACGAUUAUGUGGAUCCGAAGGAAUUAAAACAAACUCUCGAGACCAAACUAAUAGACGGAUUAUUCUUGGCCGGACAAAUUAAUGGCACUACUGGCUAUGAAGAAGCGGCCGCGCAGGGCUGCAUUGCAGGAAUCAAUGCAGGUCUUUCUAAGCUGCAGAAGGAUCCUCUAAUUCUGACAAGAGCUGACGGUCUCACGGGUGUUUUGAUAGACGAUCUAAUUACCAAGGGAGUUGAGGAACCAUAUCGUAUGUUCACCUCCAGGUCCGAAUUUAGAGUCAGUUUGAGGCCAGAUAACGCUGAUUUAAGACUCACCGAAAUGGGAAGAAGAGCCGGGUGUGUUAGCGACUCACGUUGGGAACUUUUCUCGAAAGAAAAAAAGCAAUAUGAAGAAAGUCUCAAGUUUUUGAAAGAUUUCAAUCUUGGAAGUUAUGACUGGAGAAAAUUGGGCUUCAAAGUAGCCCAAGACGGCAAAAAGAAAUCUGCGUUUGAAAUCCUGCGAUUCGAUAACAUCGAUGCAGAGUCAUUAGCUACGAAAAUUCCGUAUGAUCUGACUGGUCUUUCCAGAAGAGUUUUGUUCAAGCUAACUGUUGAUGGCAAGUAUGAGGGAUUUCUCAAAAGAGAGAGAGCUUAUGUGGCAGCUUUUCAGGCAGACGAAAACAUCAUUCUUCCUCCUAUGGAUUACACCGGUCUCUCAUGCUUCAGUAGCGAGGCUCAAAGCUUGCUCAACACCAUUCAGCCACGUACUAUAGGCCAGGCCAGAAGAAUUCAGGGGAUUACUCCUUCGUCAGUUUUCGAACUGUAUCGUCUUUCCAAGCUUGCGCAGAAGCAAACAUCCUCUUCAUCGCUCAUAGAGGAGAAGAUUAUGCAGCAGCACAUGCAUGACAUUACGAUAUAG